UACCGUACCAAUGAAUUGGAAUAAAUUUUUUUCCCGUACAUCAGAUCAGAGAAAUAAUGAAAAUGAGAAUGAAACGGAAACGGAUGAUGAUAAGGACAUCACUGAUAGCAAUGUAACUGGAUCUACCGAUAAAUAUUCACAUUUUCUAGGAACGCAUUUUGAAAAAUUUUCGCAUAGUGGCUUAUUGCAACGAUUUAUUCAAGUGACUUUUUUGAUAAUUAAUAUUGUAACAUUUCUUGCAGGCAUUGUUGGCAUUGUAACCUCUACAUGGAUUUUCACAGAUAGUAGGAUAAUGUUAAGAUUGAUAGAUCAACACUUUUUUAUUACAAUAUUAUUAUUUAUAAGUUUAAUUGCCUCAUUAGUGUCAUUAUUGGGAAUUCUUGGUUUACUUCGAAGAAGAAGAAAAUUCUUGAACAUUUAUGGUAUUUGUUAUUCGAUAUUUCUAUGCAUUAUAUUUAUCAGCGCUAUAAUGAGUUUUUGGAUUUUCGAAAAAAUUACAAAAAGAAUUCAGGACGACAUGAGCGCCGCCAUAGAAAACUAUCAUUCUUCAUCCUUGAGUAGAGAAGCUUGGGACAAUACCCACAGAUAUUUAAAGUGUUGUGGAAUAAAAUCCGCAAAGGACUGGACCAAGUAUCGUGUUGAUAUUCCGAAGAGUUGUUGUCUCGGAUCUAUCGAAGAAUGUUUACAAAUGACGGAAGCGGUAUCUUAUAAAUCAGGAUGCUUGAAAAACGCUGUGUUAUUACUCAAGUCUCAUAUGCACACGAUUAGUAUGUCCGUGCUGUUGAUUUUUAUAACUACAUUAAUGAGUUUUCUUCUCGCACUCUGUGUACUUGCUAAAAUGAAGAGAGAAGACUGAAGUUCCAAAUCAAAAACAUCAGAACAUACGCAAAACGAUAUUUUAUUCGGAAUGAGACGAAGGUGAACGAGGAUCAAUGACUGUAGAUGAGAGAAUAACAAACUAUAAAACGUUUUCCCGCUUUUAUUAUCAUAUAUAGAUCAUAUAUUUUCUGAAAACACUUAAUAUAUUGUACUUAUGAUAGUAAUAUUGUAAUUGUUACUGGACAUGCUGGUUGGGUUUUCGCGACACACGUGUACGACAGCGGAAUUUGUUUCGAAAAAAAUUUUCUUUCUUGUCUCUCUCUAAUAAAUGGAACCAUCGAUCGAUGGAUGGCAGUUCGAGAUGGCAGUCGUUGAGAAUUUUUUUUUCAUCGCGCGAUACAGAUGAAUAAAAUACGUUUAUAAAAAUUGUCUGACCAUCGUUCGCUUUCAUCCUCGAAAAUGGGCUUUUGUAUUGCACGCCGAAUUUAUCGAAAUUCACGAAAUUGAUCGUAAUAUUAAUAACAGUA